UUACAAUAGUUACCAUGACCAAAGUACUUUGGCACUUUUGAGAGUUAGCAAGCUGCUACCCGAAACAUGUCCGUAAAAUAGUAAGAAAGAAUUUAGAAAUAGAGUUUUUGUUGUUUUAGUUGGUGGCCCUCUCUCUGUCCGAGGAUGUUUUCGUCUGCGUGGAAUUUUAUAAAACGCCAUAAAAAGAAAUUUAUUUUCACCGGAGCUCUAAUUGGAGGCGUAUACCUUCUAGGUAAAUAUGCCCAGAAGAAGUUCAGUGAGAUCCAAGAGAGGGAGGCUACAGAGUACAUUGCUCAGGCCAGAAGACAGUUCCACUUCGAGAGCAACCAGAGGACCUGCAACAUGACUGUGCUGUCCAUGCUCCCAGCGCUCAAAGAAGCCAUCGUCACGCAACUCAACUCAGAAAGUCUCACAACACUACUCAAGUCCAAACCGGCUAAUAAACUGGAGAUCUGGGAAGAUUUAAAGAUCAUCAGUUUUACACGCACAGUUGUGGCGGUGUACAGCACCUGUAUGCUGGUGGUUUUACUGAGAGUCCAGCUGAACAUCAUUGGAGGAUACCUGUACCUGGAUAACUCAGUGGGAAAGAGCACAACGACCCCUCUUGCCCCCCCAGAUGUCCAGCAGCAGUACUUGUCAAGUAUCCAGCACCUACUGGGAGACGGUUUGGCAGAGCUGAUAACAGUAGUGAAGAAGGCGGUACAGAGCUCACUGGGAAGCGUGUCUCUGAAGGAGACCUGGUCUCUGCUGGAGCUGGAGCAGCAGCUGAACUGGAUCAGAGCGGAGGUGGAGGCCAGCUCGAGGCGGUCUCUGUCCUGGUACCUGCUUGCAGAUGACGAGAACGUGCUGGCCGAUCAGGCGUGCGGGCUCACAGAGAAUGACAUUAUGACCAUAAAGCUGCUUAACGAGACUAGAGACAUGCUGGAUAGUCCAGACUUCACCACUGUCCUCAAAGUCUGUCUGAACCGAGGUUUCUCCCGUCUCUGUGACAACCUGGCAGAGUUCUUCCGCCCGCCUCCAAGUGACUCUGCCCCCAGCUGUGCACCUGAUAGUCUGUCUGCAGUCAGUCUGCCGCUGGCAAAGAUCAUCCCCAUCAUCAACGGUCAGAUCAACACCAUCUGCAGUGAGACCCCCAGUCACUUUGUUCAGGAGCUGCUGAUGAACGACCAGGUGAAGGAGUUUGCAGCCAAUGUCUACGAGACCUUCAGCACGCCGCAGGAGCUGCAGAAGUAAUCGUCUGGAUGAGAUGAGGAGGAGAAGGAGAAGGAGAGGGAGGAUUCGAGAGGAAGAAGAGUGGAGAUUAUUAAAGUCCUGGAUUGUCAGCUCCUCCUGAGACACUUUUCCUCCUCAGCAUCUCGCAAACUUCUCACUCCGUGAUUUGUGGCCACGGCAGGACAGCAGGGGUGUUCAAGCUCAGCGCCGUGAUGAAUUACCAAACGGGAGGAGGAAGAUGAGACCUCCACUGAGUCUUUAGGCAGAGCAGAGCCUGCAGUCAACUUUAGGACCAUUGCUGCUUGGGAACUGGAGUCCCAUUUAACCCAGUAAGGUGGCUUUUGUUUGCUCUGCACCUCAGCUGUGUGUUUGAAGAUCAGAAGAGUUUACAGUGUGUUUCUCUUUUUCUGUUCAAACUUCUGUAGUGGCCUGUUUGUAAGAUGGGUCAGGUGUGGACACAUUUCUGUUAUUAAUCAGUAUUUUUAUUGUGGGGUUGCUGAAGCAGAUGGUGUUUUCAGAAUAUUUCAACUUAAACUUGGAUGAAGAAGCUAAUGAAAAUGUCAUGGAUAGUUAAAUCUGUAUGUUUGUUUUCAUUCUGGGGGUGUCACAUGGUGAUGGAAUGAGAGUAAAUGACCCAUUUUUAGAGCUCUACAAACAUUGGGAGGUUUGAAGGGUGCUGAUGGCGUAAGGUCUCUGGUCACAGGUUGAUCAGUCAGUGGACAGUGGUUUGUGUCACCUUUGGACCUUUUUUUCACAUGUUUUCACUCCUAUUUACUGGUUGAGUUUGGGCACUAAAAUUCAUUCGGCUGGUCUUAGGAAAAGACGUGGUGGUUUGGGUUGAAAUGGGGCGCUCCACAACGGGAUAUGUGUGAAGCAUGACAGGCUGGGAGUGACAGUCGUAUGUCACCAAUGCUGUAAUCCAGUGUAUAUAGCUACGGAAAGAGACAGUGUGCAUAGCUGAAACAUGCCAACGGUGUUGUCUUUCAUCCUGGAAACACCCAGUGUAGUUAACUGUUUUUUUUUUUUUU